GGUGAUUGUUUGUGCAGUAGGUCUGAAAUUUUUGUAUAGCUCUCUCAAUUUUUGGUCAUCGUAUCGUAUCGUCAUAAUGUUAAUAUAGUUUUACGCCAUCUGGAAGGUCAGCUUGAAAUAAUAAAGGGUCCAAAAUUAUGAACUUUUACCACAAGUUCCAGUAUACAAGUGGCGUGAUUGUCUCCAGAAAAUGCGAGUCUUACGGCAUCGCGAGACGCGUUGAAUUAAAAUGCGAGUAAAAAGGGAAAGUAAAACAACGGCUCCCCACCGUGGUCGUUUUUAUCCGCGGUUAAAAAAAAUUCAUCCCGCAAGACACACGCGGACUUACGACCGAUUGACCGAGAGAGAAACCGGACUCGCUCCUGAUUAGUUCUCGUCCGUGAGUGGUUUUUCGAACGCUAGACGUAUCUUCCGGUGCGCGCUUCCAGGUGUGUUUCAUUUUCCGGCCGUGCUAUUGGAUUGCAUUUGUUUUUUUUUUAUUUUUCGUCUAGAGGCUAUGCCUUAUUAUAGAAACACAUAGCGUUGGGAAAGGAAGAAAAUGCGUUGUUCAAAUCUGCUAGUGUUAUGUUUAUUUUCGGCGGUUAUCGCAGAAGUCCACGACAUCGAAACGUGGCAACCACUGGCGCCAACCGACUUGUUUCCAAGCGCCCAGACUAACGCCCGCAUAUCCUACAAAGGAGCGGCACCGAAUUUUGAGUACCUAGGCAAUUUCGGUAGCCAUUUAUACCAGACGCAAGACCUGCAGGGAAAAGACCGCUGCGAGUUGUACAAGGUGGGCUUCACUCAAGACCUGUACUUCCAGUACAUCGUCUAUAAAACGAAGUUGCCGGAGCUAAAGGAAUUUACGUUGUGUUUCUGGUCAAAGUUUUACAAUCACUCCAAUGAUCACCCCAUAUUUUCUUACGCAGUCGACGGACAGCCUCGCGCGAUCUACUCGUGGAUCGCGAACACAGAGAGAUCCAGUUAUUUCAGCUUGAGCGUCGAGGGACAUACAUUUUACCGCCUCAACUAUCCGCUGAGACUAAACAGAUGGUAUCACACUUGCCAGAGCUGGAACGGCAAGACGGGGGAGUGGCAAAUUUGGGUCAACGCCGAAAGGGUCGGCCGGGGAUUCCAUAACAGGCUGGUAGGGCACGUGGUGCCUUCGGGGGGAAUUUCCAUAUCUGGUCAGGAGCAACGCCAGCCGGGAGGCGGCUUCUUGGAAGGCGAGGACGCCCCAAAAGGCUCCGGAGGCAUGCUCGGAGAAAUAACCAUGGUGCAACUGUACGCGGUAGCGUUGACCGCGGGAAAAGCUCACAAAGACCACAAACAUCACCACGCGCACCAAUAUGACCACAACGGCAAUAUGAUCACCACCCCCGCCCCCACGACACCCAACAACAGACCCACACUGCCUCCCCAUCCGUUGCUGACCGCCGGCCAACUGAACAGGGGAACUCGGAUCAAUUUGGCCGGUGCCCAACAACAGCCCGAAAUCAUCCAAGGCCAAAACUACGCCGUUCAAUUCGCCAACGGGCAAUUCAGCGGCGGUUUGGUUACUCAGCAGCUCAGCAAGAGCGUGCAGCAGAUACAGCAGUCCGGGUUGCAGAGCGUUCAGUUUAUCCCCACUCCGUCCGCGGUCACUCAGUCUGUUAGUUUUGGAUCAAGUUUGGCGAAUCCAGCAAACGUCCAGUACAUCGACAACACCUUCGGCCACGCCCUCUUCAAAAGAGAAAUCCAGGAGUCGUCCCCCACCAGCAGCAAGCAUAAGAAACGGGAACUGUUCGUCGCUGGUGGUACCAUUGUGGACGAUGGGUUGAUAGGGGGCAGCGGUGCUGGGAUUUAUCAGCAGAGUCUGCUUGACGGUUUGGCAGGGAUAGGUGACAAUCAGCCGAUCCUGCGCCAGCAAAAGCAAAAUGACGAGAGGGAACCGGCGGAGGCCGAAGUGAUGGCGGUAAUGAACGUGUGUACCGGGUGUGACGAGGAACCGUUCGACAAAGCGUUGGUGUUCGGUUGGAGAACAGUACCCAAAAAGCUAUUCUCCGGUGCGUACUAUAUGCCAGCGGUACCACAGUGUAGGGUGUUUUAGUCUACGCCGAAGACUGACUUCGAUACUUUCAUCUGCCAUUGUAACGUUCGUGGUGAUUGGAGGGGGCUGGAUUGUCAAUAGCUGCUUUUACAAAAGUUCCACAUAAACUACAUGAAGAGUUUGUUUUUUAUCAUGAGGGGUGCUUUAAAAUGAAAAAAGGGCGACUACAAAAAUAUGUAGAUUACAAAAAUAUGAAGAUUACAAUAAUCUAGAGGUGAAAAAAUCCAGUUCUUGAAAUAGUGAUGCUCACAUUUACUCUACUUCAAUAACAGCUCAUUGUUGAGGGAUUAUUUUUCGCAUGGCUUGAAAAUCAUUCAAUUGUUUCAAAAUUGUCUUUAAGAUUAAAUAUCUCUGUUGAGAUAUUCACAGAUUUUUUUCUCCAAAACUUUGUCGAACAUUUUCUUGCGACGAAGUUAGCUAACAAAAAAGAUAGAUGAAAUUUUCGCAAGUGUAAGUUCCGCAUAAACUACACGAAGAGUUUGUUUUUUUAUUAUGGAGGGUGCUUUAAAAUGAAGAAAAUAAAAAAAAAUAUGUAGAUCAAAACAAUCUAGAAGUAAAAAAGGUGCUAUUUGAAAUAACGUUGCUUACAUCUACCCUACUUUAAUAACAGCCCAUUGCUGAGGUAUUUUCAAUUUUUCAAUUCUUCCAAGAUUAUCUUACAGGUUAAAUAUCUCCGUGAAGAUAUCCACAGAUUUUUUGAAAGCAAUUAAAGUAUAAGUAUUUCAUAACAAAUUCAGUGCUGUCAACGUAUAACAUAAUAGAGAUUCGGAUUUGUUGGCGAACGGACUUUUAACCAAUGAACUAUGUUUUUCUUUACUAUGCACACUUUAAUGUUUGCAUUAAAAAGGGAAACAAAAAUAUCCUUCAAACUACUUACUGGUCUAAAAAAAUGGCGAGCCUGUUCCCAAUGUCAAUCAGGCAUUAGGAACUCUAACAUAUUUUUAUCAUAAAGCUUGUAUUGAUGAUAAAACCCCCACCAUGAACUGCCACGCCCCCAUCCCUGUAUAUUUUAAAUUAAUACUACUUUAGGUGUGUAUUUAGAAUUACCUGCUUGUAUUUAUUUUGUUUUAUAUAUAAGUGGAACAUAAUUAGCGUCGCUAUUUUUCCCAAA